UUCAAAGACGGAGACAAUAGACGAGAGAUAAAGAUCCAAGGCGUCGGGACGCUCACACCGAGGCAUAUAUACUUGCAAUGUUUCUCUUUCUGCCCCGCCAUCAUCAUCGGGUCGAGCAAUAUAUAAGCGAAUCCGGCAUUCUUGACGCGAACAGUUGACGUUCCGACUUCCAAAUUGUUGUGAUCGGUAUCAAUUCGGGGGAGAUUUGGACUUUCACUGGCAAAUCUGUAUAUUUCAUUUUUUAUACCGAUAUUUUUUUACUAUUGAGUCAUGAUUUUUAUUGUUGUCGCGGGAUUGUGGAUCAAUUGUGUGGCUGCGAGUCCGGUCAGACCGGAAGAGACUCUUCUGAGGGUGAUUACCGAACCCCUGGGAUUUCCUAGUGAUAAAACUUCUCAUCAGUGUUGGAAGGAUGCGGGAUUGUAUGCUGGGGCUCUCCGUAAUUACACACCCUGGGCCCUGCAAAUGUACGAUGCGUCAGCCAAGAUACCGUCUGGCGUAAUAACCGGUAAUUACAAGCAGCUCGGUAAUUACGACGAGUGCCUGCGGGUCAAGAGCGGUUACGGAUUUGUUGGUAAAGCAUGUAGUGCUAAAGUACAAUUUACUAUUUCGGAAACAACCGGAAGAGCAAAUACCAUUCCAGAUCUCGGUGAUCUACUGGAGAGUGUGGCCUUGGCAUCUGAUGUGAAAAACUGGAAAUCAGGAGCUACUGUUCCGUACGAGUGGCUGUGGUGUGUUCCGUCAUCCUGCGAGAGUGGCGACGUGGAGAGGGCCUUGGAGGUGUCGUUGGAGCCACUGAUAUCGGAAAAUCGAGUGAAUUUUACGGUCUCCGUCGAUCCCUGUCACACGCUUGACGACGAUCGUCCUGUGCUCCUUCUUGCUGAUUGGAUUUACAUAUCACUCCUGUUCCUGUUUGCCAUCAUCGUCUUAGUCAGCACUACGUACGACCUGGUUAAGAGAACUGACACAGAAAAACCGGAUCCAAAAGACACUAGACACUUGCUAUUGACUUCAUUCUCACUUUAUACUAAUGGAUUGAGUCUAUUAAAUACCAUUAAUAAUGGGGAUACUGUGACUUGUUUGGAUGGCUUGCGUUACCUGAGUAUUUGCUGGAUCAUUUAUGGUCAUGGGUACUAUCUGCAGGUCGUUGGGGUACAAUUGGACGUCAGCGCGGUUCCCACUAUGCACGAGGUCUGGGCCAAUCUCCUCAUCCUCAACGGCAACCUCGUGACAGACACAUUUUUCCUUCUCGGUGGUAUCCUCCUCAUGUACUCGGAGCUCGGACGAAAGGAAAAGCAGCCGCACACCUACAACCUCAACGUCUGCGUUCUCUACUUCCAUCGUUACCUCCGGUUAACACCAGCUUAUGCAAUUGUCAUCGGUUUCUACGCGACUCUCUUCCAAAAAAUCGGCAAUGGCCCACACUGGAACACGUGGGUCGGGAGCAAUCGGGAGUUCUGUGUGGACAACUGGUGGACCAAUUUACUGUACAUAAAUAAUUACAUCGAUGUCGCCAACAUGUGUAUGUCCCAGUCGUGGUAUCUCGCUGUGGACAUGCAGCUCGUUUGGCUCUCUCCGCUGUUCCUGUACCCGUUGGUUGUCCUGGGGAUCAAACAUAUCGCGUCUGUCGUUGUGCUGUCGGUGGGGCUCUUCAUCUCGAUAGUGGCACCACUUCUCAUCACUUAUUUCGACCGAUUGACUGGAACGAUGCUGUAUUACAAAGAGCAGACCGAAGUAGCCAAUGUCUACCUGCAGAUCUACACGAGGGUCUACGCUCGAGCUGGCCCUUACAUCAUUGGAUUGAUCCUCGGAUACAUGCUCCGAAAAUUCCGUAACGAUCCACCGAAAAUAUCUCGAACGUUCAUUCUCCUCGGCUGGGGAUUCGCUGUGACCGUCGGCUUCGCAGCGAUUUUCGGACCUCGGGGUAUGUACUUCGACGAUCACAAAUAUGAUGGGGUGGAGGCUGCCUUCUACGCAGGAUUUCAUAGAACCGCGUUUGCAGUGGCUGUCGGAUGGAUCGUACUUGCUACAGCACUUGGAUACGCGGGUCCCAUUGGUGUUUUCCUGUCCUGGUCUGGUUGGAUGCCGUUCGGAAAGCUCACGUACUCUGCCUACUUAACUCAUUAUAUCGUACUCCUCUACAACAGUGGGAGCGUGAGGACGACUAGCAGCCUCACAACCUUCGGAACGGUCCACGUCUUCCUCGGCAACUUGGGCCUCACAAUGUUCCUGUCAGUGAUCCUGUGCCUGUGCUUCGAAUUUCCCUUCACUCGAAUCCUCCGGUUGAUCACACGUUCCAGCGAGCGUCGAAGCUUCGUGAAGGGCUCGUUCAACCCCACCAUCGGAGGAUUUGGCUCUCACGAGUCCACCAACGAGAUCUAUCGGUCAUGUGACGACGUAGUGUCCACCGUAUCCCAGAGCUACGACAACAUUUUCCACCCUUACGGGGAACAGCCGGCCCUCAGUGAUCGCGAACCGCCGAAUUCGUGUGGUAGCUUAGAGGGUCCUUCCAAGGAGAAGCCCCGACACACCCGAAAUUCGGGGCGAUGUGAAUUUUAUUGAUAUUCAAUUAGGCAAGAGCUGCUUAGUUACCAGUGAGAAUAUACAACCUAUCUACCUAUUGAGUCUAAAAUGAUGUUUUUUCGCGAUUGCGCGGAGAGAAAUAUUCAGUAAAAAUUACGAAGUUAAUUUUUUCCAAAGAAAUUAAAUAUUGAAAUAGAAAAUUUUCGAAAUAUUGUAGCGUUAAAAGAAAAAAUUGUAAAAGAGUGGAAAAUUGUAAAGGAGGACUAACAAAAUUUCUAGAAAAAAUUGAGAGAGAAUUCUCUCGUUGCAAAGAGUCAUGACAAUCAUGCGGUCAUUGUCACGGACUUUGACAGCCCCCGGUAUUUUUCUCCGCAUAAUUACCUGCUAUCCGUAACUGAUGAUCAGUUGAAAUGAAAUUAAAAUUGUAAGAAAGUUCUACAUAAAUAAAGAAACCCUUAAGCAUUCAUCAAUUGUUUAAUUAUAAUUAUUUAAGAAUUUUUAUUCCUGCAGUGAGAGUCAGAUUGUAAAAUAGAGGAACUUCCUGGUGUGAUAGGUAAUUUUGCAGAGAGAAUGUCAUGUCGGUGUUGAAGUAUAUCUGGGCGUUCAGUGAAAAAUGAUUUUAUUAUCAAUUUAUAUGACAUACAUUGUUAUGAAAUUGUUAUUUAAUUGUAUGGAAAUAAAU